UGACGCAUGAGCAGUAUGCUGGUUGGAGUCAGGCUCAUCGACGGCUGGAGCGCAGAGUGAUGGGAGCAGAGUGAAGAACAGCAGCCUGCGAACACUCUCCCGCCAGGUUAUGACAGAUGUGAAGGAUGACUUCUUGCUCAGAGAUCUGUGGGUCGGAUUAUGCUGAGCGUGGCCAUGGUGCACUCAGCAGCGGUAAACAAGGUUACGGGGUGCGUUCCUACCUGCACCAGUUUUACGAGGAGUGCACCGCGUCCAUCUGGGAGCGCGAUGAAGAUUUUCAGACACAGAGAUCGCCUAGUCGCUGGAGCUCUGUCCUCUGGAAGGUCUGUCUCGCGCUGGGAGCUUUGAUUCUGGUAGCCGGGUUAUCAGUGCUGCUGGUAGGCUAUGCUACUCCCCCUCGUCUAGAAGCUUUUGGUGAAGAUGAGCUGUUGUUUGUGGAUGGCCGUGCUGUGCGCUUUAACCGGGCACUGGAUGCCUGUAAGCUAGCUGGAGCUGUGCUGUUCUGCGUGGGAGGCAGCGGUAUGGCAUUGGGGCUGCUCCUGGCUGCUUGCUCUCAGGGCACCUCAAAAGAAGAGCUUCGACUGCAACAAUGUUUCAAAGAGCGUCUAGCUGAGAUCCAGGCCUCUGUUCAUCCAAUCACUCACGCUCCUACCCCAGGAGAAGGCAAAGUGCCCGUCACUCUCUCUAAGGUGCAGAGCGUCCAACCAGGGGCAGAGACCUGACCUCUGCCCCCGCUUUACCACGGAAACGACUCCUGUUAAAGUUCAGAUAACUGUGUUUCAAAUGGUUUCAAAGUAAACACCAGUUCCAUGAACAGUAGAGAUAGAUAACACUGCACUUUCUCUGAUGCAUAUGUAUCAUUCGUCUAUAAUGACCAAGAGUACCAAGAAUAUAAAUGGUGAUAAGGCUUUAACGUAACUGUACCCUGUAGAUCAGUGGUUCUCAACCCUGUUCCUGGAGGCCCCCCCCAACACUGCACAUUUUGAAUAUCUCCCUUUUCUGACACACCCAAUUCAGGUCUUGGAGUCUCCACUAACGAGCUGAUGAGUUGAAUCAGGUGUGUUUGAUCAGGGAGAUAUUCAAAAUGUGUAGUAUUGGGGGGCCUCCAAGAACAGGCUUGAGAACCACUGCUGUAGAUUAUCAAGAUACAACACUGGUAACCAGUGCUUCUGAACAAAAAUAUACAGUACAUAUAUACUCACGUGCUGUGCCAACUGCUGAUAACAACUUCUAGGAAACAAAACUAUGAUCACAUUUAGGCAGCUGUUCUAAAGGGCAAAUUCUGACAUAUUCUUAAGGGGCAUCAAGGCAUGUGGCUGAUAUUAAUUCUGCAUACUAAUGCAAACAUUAUCAAGUAAGCAAGAAUAGUUUCUCCAAUACACUAAACCUCAAACUGUACCUUAAAAAAAGUUAACCAGAAUGAUCUUCGUAGUUUUUGACACUUUACAACUUCACCAGUAUUGGAAAAAGUUAAAUAGAUGCACAGUCUCAGUUCUUAUCUUGAUAUAUGAGUAGUAGUUGUAUUACAAAUUAAAACUAGGUAAAACCCAAGCAAAAAUAAAGUCUACGAGGGCCCUGUGUGUUACCAUCUGAUUCAUCAUCGCUGCCUUACAAACAUUUUCAACGUAAACUACAACAAUUUUUCACUGCUUGUUUAAAAAUCUUCACAAGGCACACAUUUUCUCUAAAUCUUUCACAAGCAAACGCUUCACCAUCUAUUGCUACAGUCAAUAAAUAGUUACUUGACAGAACACGAAGUGUUCCAGACAGCUAAAGCCACAGUUUCACACAGCAACAGCAUCUCAAUACCAUGUAUAUCUCCUUUCUACUCAAAUGCAUCACCACUUGCAAUAUCAAGGGCAAAAAUAGAAUGACAUCAAGAGACGCCUGUGGGAUUCUGUAAUAUCAUCUCAUUGUGCAGCACAUAAUUCUUGCUUCAGCCUCCAUUUUCUCAAGAGGACACUAAAGCCCAGUCACUGUCUUUAGAGUUGGUAAUUAAACUCAUUGGAGCAGAGCCUAUUAAAGGAAUAGUUCACCCAAAAAUGAAAAUGCUCUCAUCAUUUACUCACCCUCAUGUCAUCCCAGAUAUGUAUGACUUUUUUUCCUCUGCAAAACACAA